CAAUCUGACCUGUGGGUAUUAAUCUGGCCACAGCUGUCCACAGACCAGACGGCAGGGUCAAGAGGACCAGUACAGUAAAGAUGUGGAGGAGAAUCGACCAUCAACCCAAGAUCAAAGCAGGGAAUGGACCUCAGGCGAGCCAGCUCAAAGCUUUGGGUUCAGCUCGGGAACUUGCCAUGCCAAACCCUCUAGAGCUGUCAGCAUUCCAGAGCUUCCCAGUGUUUGAGGACAUUAGCCAUCACAUCAAAGAAGUGGGAGGCCAGCUAGUAAAGAAAGUCAAUGCCAUCUUUCAGCUGGACAUCACCAAAGAUGGUAAGAUCAUUCUGCAGUGGACCAUUGACCUGAAGAGUGGCUCUGGGGACAUGUAUCCAGGAUCUUCUAGGCUCCCAGCAGACACUGUCUUCACUAUUCCAGAAAAUGUCUUUAUGGAGUUAGUUUUGGGCAAAAUGAAUCCGCAGAAGGCUUUCCUGGCUGGCAAGUUCAAAGUGAGUGGCAAAGUUCUGCUUGGCCAGAAGCUGGAGAGAGUUUUCAAGGACUGGGCUAAAAUUUAAGCAUGGAAAAAUACCAAGGAAAAGAUCAAAAAUUCUCUCUGGUUAUAAUGUCAAGUGGAAAUCAUGCUUAAACUGAAGAUUAAAGUAAAAAACCUAUGAGAUGCGGCCAUUAUUUAAAGGAUCUCUUGGAGACAGAUCACAUAAUCCUCUGUGAGUUAUUACUAAAGUGUUGAUGCGGUUGGGAGCUUGUGCACUGAGUGUCUUACAUCAAAGUUCAUCAUUUCAAAUCAAAGUUCAUCCAGGGAGGUUUUCCCUACCGGGAGCUCUCUUCACACAUGUGGGAGGACUGGAAUAAAGCCAGCUGCAACUGAUUGUGACCUCCUAA